UGAAGUAUGAUUAAAUUUCGUAAUAUGGCAGUUGUUUUAUGCUCAAAAAUGUUUUUUUCUUAAAAUAAGAUAUAAUUACAGUUUUAGAGUUGCAGUUGAGUCAGCAUUUUUAAAUAAAACUGCUAUUCAUAAAAAUAAAACAGGGCGUUAUAAAGUAAUAUUUUUUAUAUAAUCAUUAAAAUAUUGUCUCAAAAUUGACUUCAUAACUCUUCACUAUAUAAGAAGGGAAGAUGAUCUUACAUUAUACAUACAAAACUUGGUAAUAUGGCAAAUCAAGCCAAACCGAGACCUCUAUUACUCGAAAAGAAACCAGUUGAGUUUGUUAAACCCUUAAAACACACACCUUGUGGAAAUCUUUCCCUUUCUACUUUAGACAAUGAACCUAUCAACGAACCUAUGUAUGCAUAUAUUUACGUUUAUGAAUCAAACGAGAAAAACCAAAAUGAUCCGGUCUCUCUUCUUAGGAAGGCUUUGUCCGACCUUCUGCUGUACUAUUAUCCAGUUUCAGGCAAGCUAGUGAGACGAAAAAGUGAUGGAAAGUUUCAGCUGGCUUGUAUUGGGGAAGGAGUGCCUUUCGCAGUUGCUACAGCAGAUCAUGAUCUCUGCUCUCUAAACUAUGUAGAAAACUUUGCCGAUGAAGUUGCAAUGCAACUUGUGCAUGAGCUCGAUGUUAAUUUUCAAAGUGACAAUGGCUGUCAUCCUCUCUCUUUGCAGGUGACCAAAUUUUCUUGUGGUGGAUUCACCAUUGGCAUAGCAGUGACACACGUGUUGUGUGAUGGCUAUGGUGUGGCUACGAUCUUCAAUGCUCUAACCGAGUUAGCCAGCGGAAAGAGCGAGCUAUCGGUAGUGCCGGUGUGGCAAAGAGAGCGACUGGUCGGGAAAUUAGACGGUGAGCCGGCUAAAGUACCCGGCGCUGAUUAUGAAGGUCUUAUGGCCACAUCACCAUAUAUGCCAAGCGGUGAUAUGGUCACAGAGACGGUAAACAUUAUGUCUGAAAAUAUAAGUAGGCUUAAAGACACUGUGGUACUUAAGGAGCAUUUCACUACUUUCGAAAUUCUUUGUGCUUACAUAUGGAAAGCAACAUCUCGGGCCUUGAAGCUAAACUUAGACGGCAUCACUAUCCUUAUCAUAACCGUCGGAAUCCGAAAUGUUCUAGAUCCACCACUCCCCGAGGGUUACUAUGGUAACGCUUACAUAGACGUUUAUGUUGAGAUACCUGCAAGGGAGCUAGAGGAAUCAUCGAUCUCUGACAUUGCAAAGCUCGUGAAGAGAGCCAAGAAAUCAUCUCUUAACAAGACGCAUAUCGUGGAGGAGCUACGGAACUCAGAGAGAUUGAUGAAAGAAUAUGCCAAAUUCGAAGGAGUAGCUGAUGGUGUAUUUCUAUUGACAGACUUGAGAAACACCGGAUUGUUCGAGUCCAUGGACUUUGGUUGGAACAAGCCUGUGAAUAUAUGGCCGCUGACACCUCAGAAGUACGAACGUAACUUCGGCAUUAUCAUGAGACCUCCGAAGUUGGAUCCAUCAAUGGAAGGUGAGGCUAAAGUUGUCAUGACAUUGCCAAGAAAUGCAAUGGUUAACUUGAAGAAAGAAAUGGCUAAAAAGGUCGAUCCUUGGUUAAAGCUCAUGAAACCAAGGCUUUAGAGCAUCGCUAAUGUAUUAUUCCAUUUUUUACUCUAAAAUAGUGUAAUUCUAAAAUCGAGUUGGAUUUUUUUCUUAUGUAUUACUCCAUUUUUGACUAUAAAAAGAAAUAUCCACAAA